AUGCGGUCCAAGUCUGUCGCACGGCGAUUCGCUCAAGGCAUCAGUGGCGACGAAUCGGACGCAUCCCGUGGACUACCCGUCAAUCUAGAAGUGCCUCCAGGGCUGCAGGUGGUACCGAUGAGCAAGCAUCACGAUCACGGACCGGCUGAUUUUAGCUUACCAACCUCUCUGCAUCAUCACCUCCUACCCACGGCAGAUGAUGUUCGCGAGCGAUUAAAGCUUCAGAGUGCGGAACAGUUCCUUCUACAGAUGGCACGACUGCAGCGACCACCACCGCCAGAUCUGGACAUUCAGACCGGUUCGGUCAUGGCACUCAAAACCAUCCCCAAGGGUACGCAGUAUGGACCGUUCGUUGGCAAGCUGCUGCGUGAACCAAUGGAUCGACGGUUCGCAUGGGAGGUGAUAGAUGUAGAUAUUCGCGGCUGGUUAGAUGCAACACUGGAACCAACGAACUGGAUGAAGCACAUACGCUGCGCGUCCAGUACAGCCGAGGCGAACGUGCAACACUUUCUCAAAGAUGGUCAUCUGUGGUACGAAGUGAUAUGUGAUAUCAGUCCCGGAAGGGAACUGUUUCUGCGACCAAAGGUUCCUCUUCAUCCCAGGGAUGGGCAAGACGAGCGAAGCAGCGAACGUGGCUCGGGCGGUUCCCAGCACAGCGACAACUACGAGGACGAGUACAAUACGUCGAACGAUCUUGACUCUAGUCACAACAAGGAGCAGCACCAUCACAACAGUAGCAGCAGCAACAGCAGUGGCAGAAGCAGCAACGGCAGCAGCACCCGUGCGAACGUACACCAUCCGGGGGACGACAGUGGUAACGGAAGUGGCGAACCGCACCAGCACCAUCACCACACGGACGUGAAGGAGGAGGACGAGGACGAGCACGGUAUCGAUGCGCGGUGUGUCGUCUGUGAUCGGCAGUGUCACGAUAUUGAUCAGCUCGACGAUCAUCUCGUGAUCUCGCACCAUUAUCCAAAGGACGCCUACAGGUGUGAGCUUUGUCCGAGGGCAUACAGCUACAGACCGUCGUUGCUGCGACACCGAGCGAUCGUACACGGUGAACUAAGGCGCUUUCCGUGCGAAAACUGUCCCAAAAACGAAGAUACCGAUGUGAGCACAGCAACCCCCAACACUUCCUCAUCGAGCGAACUAUUCAGUUACCUUCUGCAAGCUCAUGAUAAUAGGGUUUUUACCGAUCCGUCGAACUUGCAACGUCACAUCCGGACACACCACGUGGGAGCCCGUAGUCACGCGUGUCCAGAGUGUGGUAAGACGUUUGCCACCUCGUCCGGCCUGAAACAGCACACGCACAUCCACUCGUCGGUGAAGCCGUUCCAGUGCGAGGUGUGCUUCAAGUCGUACACCCAGUUCUCGAACCUGUGCCGUCACCGGCGUAUGCACGCAGACUGUCAGGUGCAGAUCAAGUGUAACAAGUGUGGCGAUAGCUUCAGUACCACCACGUCCCUCUCGAAGCAUAAGCGUUUCUGUGACUCAACGGCCGUUACGCGAGCCUCGCUGCACUCGGGAGCCCAUCCAUCGCAUCUGCGCCAUCCGCACGAUCCUUAUCCACACGGGCGGCCACAUCCGGGAGCGGGUCAACAGGGUACUGUCGGUGGAGCAGCAGGAGGAUCCGCAUCGACAGCCGGUACUGGGGCAGGACCACUGCAUUCGCUACCACCCGGUAUGGCAACUCCACCGAAUCCAUUCCUUAUGUUUCCCGGUGCACCGUUUUUUGCACCGGGCUUUCGGCCAUAUCCAGGCAUGCCGGGUAUUUUCCCACCGGCACCGGGACAGGUUCCUCAGUUUCCGCUGUCCUUCUUCCCGAAGCCGGCGGCUCCAGGACCACUGCCGGAACCAGAACGCAGGACUCCAUCGCCCUCGUCUCGGCAUCUUGGUUUGCUUGAAAGCUACAGCCAGCAGAAGAUUUCACCUCCGACCGGUGAGGAAGCAACAAACCAUUUGAGACCGUCACCGGCUCGUCCCAUUCCGGUGAGCUUUAACUCGGCGGCGGCAGCUGUUGCGUUGCUGUCGGGAUCUCCAGGCCCGUUGAUGGGCAAUCAUAAUCUUCCUGCAACGGAAUCGGUUCAGGAGCGAGGCAACAACAACAAUCACAUCAAGGAAAAUAACAAUCAUAACCACACGAACGGUACCAGUUCCUACGGUGGACAGACCGCACAACAGCAGCAGCAGAGACGAACCUCCAGCCGCAGCAGUUCGCUAGCAGCAGCUACCACUGUCAAGGAAGAAUUGAACCGCGAAUCUUCGGAUGCUGAGGAAGGAGACGGAGGAGUAUCGGCGAUUCGAGUGAAGAAUUUUUCCACGCGGUCCAAGAAUGCAUCCGGAGAGACAAGCAAGUCACCCGCAUUGUCGGAAAAUAGAAGUCAAUCACAACGUAGAAGAAGCCGUACAUUGGAAGAUGGUGAUACGUCAGAAUCUGAGGAGUUCUCCUCCGAGGCGAAGAAAGUAAAGAAAGAGGACGACGUUUCCGGUUCGGCAGAGCAACCGUUGGAUCUGAGUGUAUCGAAGAAGUUAAAAGCCGACGAAGAGGACGACAGUGUUGAGGUAGAGGAGGAAAAGGAUGCAUCGGAAGAGGUGGAAAAUCGUAGCUGCAACCGAAGCUCAACACCGAUCGAAGUGACCAGUCCUAGAUCCACACCAACACCGUCAGUUCCAACGCCCAACUCUUCGGACGUACCGCACCAUGAUCUUUCGCUUCGAGCACGCGGCCGGAACAUAGCCGGCUUAUCCCUUUCUCCGAAAGCGGCAUCCGCAUCCCCACUGGCGGAUGCGUUCCCCCUACCAAGCCCCUCACCGUCGCUGUCACCGCGUCCGUCACCAUCACCCUCAUCGCCCGGUGGCAUGACCGGGUCUGGUCCGCAUCAUCAGCCCAUCUCCUAUCCGAGACCAAUCUAUCCGUUUCUGCUCGAGGCAAUGUGUCACGGUGGGCCAGGUCCAAUGGGUGGCUUUCAACGUCCGGCUUUCAGCUUCCUAGACUCGCUGGAAUCGAAUCUGGAUUUGCUGAAACGUAGCCGCCAGUACAUGCCGUCGAAGGCAUUCCACCAGACCGCCAUGAUGCCGCCGGGUUUCGGUGUUGGAGCAGGAGGAAGACCAGGCGUUCCCGGUGGUCCCGGUGGGCCGGUUGCUCCCGGGAAGGUUAAGGAUCGGUACUCGUGCAAAUACUGUGGCAAAGUAUUCCCGCGAUCGGCCAACCUGACGCGACAUCUUCGUACCCACACCGGUGAACAGCCGUACAAGUGCCGGUACUGCGAGCGUUCCUUCAGCAUCUCGAGCAACCUGCAGCGACACGUACGCAAUAUCCACAACAAGGAGCGACCGUUCAAAUGUCACCUGUGCGAGCGGUGCUUUGGCCAGCAGACGAACCUUGACCGCCAUCUGAAGAAACAUGAUGCGGAUGCGGCCGGGCUCGUGUUGGGUGACUCACCCUCGUCGAAUGAAGCGGAACGGGGAGAAGAUGUGUUCUUCGACGAGAUUCGUUCGUUUAUGGGUAAGGUUACCUACUCCGGACCGGCGUCCCUAUUGACUUCUGGGACGCUUCCGGCUGCUGCCGAGGUGGAACCGGGCAAAGGUGAUGGAGAAGAUGGUGAGAGUAGUGCGUCGGGCAGAAGGCGUUAUGCGACACCGCUGGACGUGACCGGUGGGGACGAUGACGAGGAAGAGGAGGAAGAAGAUGAGGAGGAAGAUGCAGCCAGCUGUGACGGUGAGAGUGAUCUGAUCAACAUCGAUUCGGAUAAGGAUACGAUCAAUAACAAUGACACGAUCGAGGUGUCUACAUAA